GUUCACAUCAAACGGCCAGCUAGUUUUGAAUCCAUUUCACGAGAUCGUGUUUUCUUUGCUACUGGUAUCAUUGAUUCAAGAACAUGGGUUUGGCCAAUCGUUGUGUCUUCUAUUGGUGCGCAGCUGCUAUUUGGUUAUUUUCACUCGAUACAGGAAGUGCGAAAAGGUCAGAAAUCGACGAACUGCUCCCACACAGCGCAGAUGGAGAAUUUGACGAAGAUCUGCUCGACAACUGGAUGCAUGGCAACGUAUCUUAUGAACCCAUAAGCCAAUCGGCUCCACCAUCAGCAGGUUCUUCUGACAUAUCGGAUCUUGCACCAAUCAGUCAACCGGUGCUUUUAAAUCAUUUUGAAAUAACAACAGUGGCAGCCGUUCAAGAGGACCUGGAGAAACUCUUUCAUCAAUUCAGGAUGUUACACUUUCGAAUGAAGACUUUAAAUGAGACAACGGUAUAUCUGGAGUGGACGAUCAUGAACGCUACCAACGGUUUGGACUCUGAUCGGCUUCUCAACAUCUCCGAAAUAAACAAUCUGAAAACCGAGUUAAUUACUCUGAACCAGAGAGUUACCAUGGGCAAACAUAUAUGUCACAAAUAUUCGGACUUGAUGGCCAAAUGCAAUUUUACCGUUCCAGUGAAAUCCUGUUCCAAUUUUCAGUUUCGUCUUGGUGGCGAACGAAACACAGAAUAUGUGACCACCGUUGACGUCGAUCCUCAAAGUUUGCGAGAAGAUCUGUCGGAAAUGGCAAAUGCUCCGGCAAAAUUGCGCUGGAAAAUCACCUGCGAUGCUGAUUUUAUGAUGCCGGUUUUCGUCACGUUAGCCGAUAUCAAAACAUCCGUUCCGAAACAGGAAAGAUUGAAUGCGACGUGUGCAAAUAGAACAUGCAUAACGAUGACGGAUAAAUUACGCACUUCUCCGUGUUCCCAAUACUCUUUAAAGAUUGACGGAAGUGAUCUCCGGAUAGUCAACACUCCUCCCACCACCAAGAAUUUGAGUGCAGAAGUUAUUCCGUGGAAAUUUCAGUACUUACUGCGUUGGUCCAUCUCGCCCGUAAAUUGCCCAUUCGAUCCUGUUUUGAUGGUAGCGAAGACGAACUCGUUCGAGAAACCGGUAUUUAGUAAACUCACCUUGAAAGCUCCGCCAAGUGAUUUUUGCAGUAAAGGAUUUUGCGAAUAUGUGUACGAAGUAGAUCCUUGUGUAACGAGCUGGAUCAAAUCAAGCAAUUCGAACACGUCUUCUUUGAAAUUACUCCGACCAAGUGUGCUGGAACUCGCAAGCGUAUUCAAUGGUGAUUUGGAUAACCCAGUUCGUUUUUCCUGGAAACUGGGAUGCCAUUCCGAGAGGAAAAAUUUCUCGAUAGCAUUAACGGAUGAAAUAACAAGGGAGAGGUAUUUCAGUAAUGUUAGCACAAACUGUGACGACGAUUCUCGUCGAUGUGGAGCCUACUUAAGUAAAGAUCGAAAUGGGUUUUUGCCUUGCAAUCGAUACGAGAUGGAAAUGGAGGGUAGUCAUGAAGUUUUAAACAUUGAAACACCCCCACCUUCCACGGUUUCGAUUCGCCCAUUGACGUCCAGUUACACCACAAAUGGAACGCUGAUUAUCUCAGUAUCCUUUGAGAGAAUCCAAGAAAGUUGUGGCAGAUGGAAGAAUGCGAUUGAAUUACAAUUUUUUGACUUACCAUCGAAGCCCAUGGUCUUGCCAUGCGAGAAUAACGAAGCCACCAUUCCAUUUCGCAAAAACUGUACCGUUUUCGUGCAAAUAGUCCAACCCAAUCUUAUUUGCCGUCCCAAAUUGAACAUUGCCAUUCGGCCAUUGUAUUCGAAGCCAGAACUGAGCUUCAACGUAUACAAGGGUAACUGGUUCAAUGCAAUUAUCGAACCGACAAAACCUGAAUCAUGGAGUGGCGUUCAAGCGUUGUCUGACCUAUUUGUGAAAGCCAACGCUAUUCAACAAUCGAUGGCGGUAGACUGGAGAAACCCCAUCUGCUUCAUGGGCACGGCAACAUCUCCGACAAACUUAAGCAUUAUUUUAUCCGGUAUGAAAGCCUCGGAGGAGUAUCACUUGACAAUUCCAUCUCAGUGCUCAAGGUCGAACAGGAAUCCAACGAAAAGCUCCGUUAUCUUUAAUAACGGUCAAAUAACGUGCUCUGACGGAAAGUUAUUACCAGAUAAGGACGCUAUCAACUUGACACCGUGCACUAAUUAUUCUCUGAGCUUGACUCCAAUGAUAACCGGUGAUGCAGCAUCCCUCAGCCGUAUCUCGAUAACAACCACGUUCACUACCGAGUUCAUUCCUUUAGAAUUCGAGGACGUGUCAUCCAAUAACAUGAAAUUUGUUGCGUCUCACUCGAAUGGCGAAGAAUGGGCAUUGAAAUUGAACGUUCAAAAGGAACGCUGCCCUUGCGACGAUCGCAUAAUUUCAGCCACAUUCAAAAUACCUGGCGCCAAACUAAUUGAACAGACAGUCCCCUGCAAUAAGAACAUCAUUUGCGAAGGCAUUGUAGAAUUUAAUCAUUUAAAUUUGUGCCAACCUCUCGCAGUUACUGUCGGCUUGCAGUACCCCAAAGUAGACACAGACCAAGUGUUCUGGUUCAACGAAACCCUUUCGCCAUUGGUUGAAAACACUGGUCAGAAAGGCUCAUUUCCAAUCGAACUUGAAGUCCAUCAAGUCGAACGACGCGUCUUGCAAAUGAAAUGGAAAGAUCCUGCUUGCCUAAACGGAGUGCCAUUUUCUUGGAAUAUGGAAUUUCGCCAAAAUAACGGAAAUCUUCAUCGUGUCCUAAGAAUUCCGUACAACUGCUCCGGCAUUGGCGAGGAAUCCCCAGGCUUUCACCGGGUUGACUUGAAAGGGGGCCAACUUGAGUGUUACGCGAAUCGGCAACUGCAUGACAUCGGUCUUUCUCCGUGUACCGAUUACACACUUCUUGUAACUCCGGUUGUCAAAGGGAAAUCACCUGCAGAGCUAUUGGAAUUUUCGCAGUCAAUCAGUUUUACCUCACCAUUUGGUCCUUCCAAUGUCGGGGAUGUGAAAAUCGUCAAUGUCACAUCCAAUAACUUCGAACUCCAUUUGACCAUACCGUCACAGUGUGUGGAUUCUGCUGAAAUCGACGUGGAAGUUAAUGGCACUGUUUUCUCUAUAGAGCCUUCGGAUAACGCUCCAGGUUCUAGCGUAGCGUGUGAUGAGGAGAAAUGUCAAAUUUCUCAUAAAAUUAUUGCAGGCGACGUGUCUUUAGCGCCUUGUUCAGAUUACAACGUCCGAGUUGAAACAACCAACCUCAAGUUGACGACGUUGCCUGGAGAUAAUGAAUUGGAAGUUUCACCCGAUAAAACUUCGGUUACUGUGGUGAUUGAUAACAACAACAUCUACUUGGACUUUGAAAUGGUUUUUGAUACGUUCGAUGGGCGCUGUUCUGCACGAUUGGUUGCGAUCGAACUCCAGCUGCCUGAUGUCCAUCCUCCAGUUCAACACGUUUUACUAUGCGAAGUUGGAACGGCCAACGAAGAAAACUCAACGGCCGUCAUUUGUUCUGGACGAGUUACAGUCCACAGAAUGGACAGAUGCGAGGCAUUACCGACCACUUUUCGUCCGUUGUACGAGGACAUUUCCUUCGCCAAAGAAGUUCGUUGGGCCAGCAAGGAGCUAGGCCCUCUCUUAAGUCAAUUACAGAGAAACGAGAAGAAUAUGAUGAUACCUGAAGUAAAGGUGAUAAACGGCGAUAAGCAUCAAAGCGUCCUAAUGAAUUGGGAAGAACCAGCGUGUUUGCUUGCUGAUUCCUUGUCAUGGGAAAUCCGAAUCAACAGUACGGCAGACGACAUCCAUCGAAUCCGUGUACCGCGUGGAUGUUCUGCUACCGGAAAAGGGUCGUCAUCUUUCGAACACGGUGUUCAGAUGGAAAAUGGUCACUUGUUAGCGUGCAAUGAUUCAACCAACAGGCUGGGUUUACCUGAAAGCAAUUUUACCUUUUUGUCUUGUUCAAGCUAUUUGGUCAGUGUAAUUCCAGUGCAAAAUAAUUCAGAGUCAGCUGAACUGAAUGGGUAUGCGCAAUCUACUCUUCUCAACAUUCCGUUCGCCGUCGAUGUACCCAAUGUGGCGAGCAUUACGUCCAAUCUCUUCCGCUUGGAGUGGUCGUUUCCUCUGGAGUGUUUGUAUUACAUUGAAAUGACUCAAUCAACUGUGGAGAUCAACGGAACCGAAAUUGAAAUCAAUCCGUUAAUCCUUCCCUUGGAAUGCGACGAAGUCAAAUGCUGGAAGGUGUGGACCAGCUCUGAAAAUUUAACCUCAUGCACCGAGUUUGCCGUUUCGUCUGGCUCGAUCAUUCAAAAGGUGGUCACCUUGCCAGAUCCACUUCAGGGCCAAUUGACUUGUGAUGUCAAUUAUGCGACCUCAGUUUUGCAUGCAACGUUGGCGAACGACAGCUGGAGUGCGCUAACACUUAUAAUCGGCCUUUCGAUGUUAGGCUCCGUUCUACUGGGCCUUGUCGUGGGCAUUGGUUACGGUAUCCACAAAAGGAAAACUGAGUCCGGAAAAUUAGACAUCAAGAAACGAACCAACGCCCAUCUCAAUCAACCCAAGGCUCUUUCAUUAGCUGAAAAUACUAACGUAACGGGCGUGGCUUUCUAGAUUAUAAAUUCAUUUAAUUGAUUCAUCUGGCAAUACUAUUCAUUCCUACAUCAAGUCUUUAUCUCUGCAUAGCUUGUCUUCAAUUCACGCCAUUUUUCUUUUCG